AAUUGUAUAAUUCAGAGCAAAAACCCUGGGGCAUACAUAAAAUGAACAGAAAUUCACAGUAAUGAAAAUUUGAUUGAUCGAUCGGCAAAUUUGAGCUCUGAUCCUUCGUCAAUGGCCGCCCCCUUCUUUUCUACGCCUUUCCAACCUUUUGUUUACCAGAGCCCACAAGAUGCUGUAACACCUUUUCAGAUAUUGGGUGGGGAAGCUCAAAUAGUUCAGAUAAUGUUGAAGCCACAAGAAAAGAUCAUUGCCAAGCCUGGUUCCAUGUGCUACAUGUCUGGGUCAAUACAAAUGGAAAAUGUCUAUAUACCUGAAAAUGAAGCAGGUGUGUGGCAAUGGGUUCUUGGGAAAAGUGUUACUAGCAUAGUACUCCAGAAUACUGGUUCAACUGAUGGGUUCGUGGGAAUUGCUGCACCUACUCUUGCAAGAAUUCUCCCGAUUGACUUAGCUUUAUUUGGUGGCGAAAUGUUGUGCCAGCCAGAUGCCUUUAUUUGCUCAAUAAAUGACGUAAAAGUAAAUAACACGGUUGAUCAGAGGGCACGGAAUGUUAUUACUAGUGUUGAGGGAUUUUUGAGGCAGAAAAUAUCUGGUCAAGGACUAGCAUUUAUAGUUGGUGGUGGUUCUGUUGUACAGAAAAAUCUCGAGGUGGGUGAAGUUCUAGCAGUUGAUGUCUCUAGCAUUGUUGCAGUGUCAGCAUCAGUAAAUGUACAAAUCAAAUAUAAUGUUCCUAUGAGAAGGGUGCUCUUUGGGGGUGACAAUACGGUUACUGCUAUUAUAACCGGGCCUGGUAUUGUCUUCAUCCAGAGCAUGCCCUUUCAUCGGCUUUCUCAGCGCAUUGCUAGGGCUGUCACAUCUCCAAAUAUGAGGGACAAUCCCAAGUUUUACUUCCAGAUAGUAAUCUUUUUCUUUCUAGCUUAUGUUGUUGUUGUGUCAUCACUAAUCUUGACAGACAUAUGAAGAAUCUUGGUUAUUUUCGUUUUUAUUUCUAAGAUUUAGAUGAUAUUGGAGUUGAUUUCCAAUUUUAAGACGAGUGAAAUAGAUGGAAUUGUAACAUGAUGGAAAUGUAAAGAACAUUAGCACUUGUAAUUUACUACUUUUAGUGUCUCCCUCAUUACAUCCAAUUCCCAAA